AUGGUGACAGAAGAAAACUCAGAAAUGGCCGUGGGUUCGACGAUGGACCUCUACUACAACAGAGACAUCGGCAACGGCAUGGUCACGUCGAAAUUCCGCAUCAACUCGGCCGCCCGCCAAAAGACGAAACAUCUGCUGGGCCACGACGAACUGGCGUCCCAUAGUCUUUUCAACUGCUCUCGAUGCUACAAACUCAAAAAACGCUGCUCCCGAGACAAGCCCAUCUGUUCCUAUUGCCUGAAAACGGGCGCAGACUGCGAGUAUGUGGAGCGGGUGAAAAAGCGGCCGAGAAAAGAGCUUGGUGAAAAAGAUGGCGAAGGUAAAGGCGGCCCCAACUCCAUCUCCAUUGCCUCUUUGGUGCAUGCUGCGCAGAACCAGGAUUCGAAACGCCAGGGCGAUGAACAGUUCCAUAAUAUAGAUCUCCCCAGCACGGUGGAUAUACCGAGUCGAAAUACGCCAGACGGUAAUGCUCGAGCAGGUCUGAGACCUGUGAAGUCUCUCAACCGGAAACUCUUGAGCUCGGCGUUCCGAAACGGCUCAAAGCAGAACUUGCACGAAGAAUACUUGGUGGUGAAGGCGAUUCCAGACGAAAACUUGCCCUCUGCGUUCAUGCACACGUUUUUCGCCAACUACGAGUGGAAAUACCCGUUUCUUAAUAUGCCCGGCAUGAUGAAGAAAUGCAGCGAGUUGUCGUUUGUGCUGGAAACGUUCGUCAACUUGGACGUUUACCUUGUUCUCUCAGUUGGCUGCAUCAUUUACGACGCUAACAACGACACCCGUCACUUUCUGGCGUACUUUAGCGAUUCUCUAAUCGAGUCCAUUGUGGAUAUGAUCAGCUACGAUUUCAGCUCAAAGGAAGAUUUGCCCACUGCACAUUUGCUCAUUCUCUUGGCUGUUUAUGCUAUAAACGUCAGCAAUGUCCGCUUGGCAUGGAACAUAGUGGGGUUCCUCAACCGUCUCAUCAUUUAUCUCACAGACUUCAGUGGAAGCAGCAAGUGUACGGAUAAACGAAGUUUCUGGACCAUUUACAAUUUGGACAAAGAGCUUUCGCUCUUGCUCGGAAAGCCAAGCCAGUUCAUUCCAACAAAACUAAUUACGGUUUCCGACGAUUUCUCGGAUAGUUUAGUUGAGGGCGAAGCGGAACCGUUGGCUCGCCUCAUGAAACAGAGUCUUGUAAUGUACCAGUUACAAGACCGGAUGCUUCACUUGCGCCUUGGUUUGGCCGAAGCCACCGAGGCUGCACUUUACUCGUUUUCGUCUGAUCUUGAAAAAUGGCGAGUAGAAUUUCUGCUGAUUGUUCACUCCGAAUACGCCGAUCUGCAUCUUCUCCCCAAUUUCAUUGGCUUGAUCAAUCUUGACUACUAUUUCUUGCUGAUUGAGCUUGACCAAAUUUCAUCGACGGAAUCGUCGCAGUUUACCCUUCAAUUCUUGUCCAAUUCCUUCAGUUUACUCCUUACCACCUCAGACAAAAAGGGCUCUGUUGGAACAUCUCUCUAUUCGUUAUUUUGGUUUCAGAAGCUCUUCAAGGUUAUUUCUUACAACUUAGAAUGGCUCGUACGGACUUUCACUAAAAAGGAUAUCCUGCUGGUGAAAUUAGCUGAAUUCAACAGCAAUAUCCAACUUAUGAUCAAUUUGCUCAAACUUUUGAUAAACAGCAACUCUGUGCCCCAACAUUAUAUUGGAAAGCUAAAAAACUACGUCUCAUUUUUAAGCGGCUUAAGCAUAAAGCUAAUGGGAUCCAAUGGAGCUUCAGACGAGUUUUUUGGAAAGUUGGCUGACGAAGUCAAAGAUAUGAUUACAUCGCAAUAG